AUGCUCGAAGCUGUUGAACUUCCGAAGUUUCCCGGAAAGAUCCGAGAUAAGAUGGCGCGAUCGUUAUCUCCGGCUUAUCAGAUUGAUCCCGUGCCAACUCCCCUCGUUGUCGAAAGAAAAGCCGUGGCCAGGGAUUCCGGGCAGGAAAAAACCCCUCUCCUCGAGGAUGCCCUACCAGCUAAUGGCGAUUUCUACACCAGGCUGGCCCCGGAAACAGUGCGCGCCGUAGAAGAUGACAGCAUCCCCGAAUCGGCCGUGUCCGGUCGGCAUCUGACCCUCACGAACGCCUAUAUUCUGGUGAUUUUGCGGGUUAUCGGGACCGCGAUCUUUGCGACUCCAGGCCUGAUUUUGAAAUCUGCUGGUAGUAUCGGCCUUUCGAUGCUGCUAUGGGUAUUCGGGGCCAUCCUCGCGGCGACGGAUCUGGUCGUCUGGCUUGAAUACGGGUGCAUGCUGCCGCGCUCGGGUGGUCAUAAAGUCUACCUGGAAUUCACUUAUCCACACCCCGGGUUUUUAGCCUCCACUCUGGUGGCCGUCCAGUCUGUUCUUCUCCGCUCCUCUGUCGGAAGCUGCGUCGUGUUCGGCAAAUACAUGCUCUUCGCCUUUGAUAUCGAACAGACUGACUUUCGACUGGAGGCCCUCUCCUCCGGUCUCAUGGUCACGGUUGCCAUUAUCCAUGGCUGCUUUCAUAAAUUUGGCGUCUGGCUUCAGGAUUUAAUCGGUUGGGCGAAAGUCUUCAUGAUCAUCAUCAUCGCCCUUAUUGGCAUGUACGUCGUUGUGUUUUCCCAGCACGGCCAUCAUGCCGAUACGCCGGAUACCAACAUUUUGAACUGCGAGGUCUUCUGGAAGAACUCGGACUGGGCCCUGGCUGGCAUAUCGGCUGCCCUAUUCAAGGUGACCUAUGCCCAUGCUGCCUGA